AUGAGAAGCAUACCUCCCGCAAUGCUAAACACACACCCCAACACAAGUUCUUUAUGGCACACUCCAAUCCCAUAUCUCUUUGGAGGAUUAGCUGCCAUUAUGGGUCUCAUGGCAUUGGCGUUAUUGGCACUAGCUUGCUCUUAUUGUAGUAACAACCAAGAUGAUGACUUGGACAACAAAGAGAGUCACCCUCAAACUAAACAACCUAUCAAGGCCUACGAGGAGAAAAUCCUAGUCAUUAUGGCUGGCAAUGAGAAACCAACAUUCUUGGCUACUCCUACGGUUUUGUCUAAUUGUGACAAAGAAAUCGACAACCUUGUGCUUGUUCAAGAAAAUGCAGAUUCUUGCUCUUCACAACAUAGGCAGUGA